AUGGGAUCUGUUGCCACUGUGACCCUUCCUCUGCCUCUGUUGCCCGAGGGCUGGAGCGCCGACAAGGACUUCAAGGCCGUCGGCAAGCUCACGUCGGCCUCGCAGCGUUCCAUUGAGCCUGUCGGCCCUCACUUCUUGGCUCACGCCCGCCGCGCCCGCCACAAGCGCACUUUUUCCGAGGAUGACCGUAUUCAGGCCCAGGAGAAGGCCAAGAAUGUUGAGGAGGUUGACGAUGGCGAGAUCAGCGAGCCUGAGGACCCCAUGAUGCUCCAACGCGAGGCCAAGGACUGGAAGACCCAGGACCACUACCAAGUUCUCGGCCUCAGCAAGUACCGCUGGAGGGCCACCGAGGAGCAGAUCAAGAAGGCUCACCGCAAGAAGGUCCUCAAGCAUCACCCCGACAAGAAGGCUGCCCAGGGUGCCUCGCAAGACGACCAGUUCUUCAAGUGCAUCCAGAAGGCUACCGAGAUCCUCCUCGACCCCAUCAAGCGCCGCCAGUUCGACUCAGUCGACGAGGAGGCUGAGGUCGACCCUCCCACCAAGAAAGACAUCAAGUCGGGUAACUACUACAAGUUGUGGAACAAGGUCUUCAAGGCUGAGAGCCGUUUUUCUAAGAACCAUCCUGUCCCCCAAUUUGGUGACGCCGACUCCACCAGGGAACAAGUCGAGUCCUUCUACAACUUCUGGUACAACUUUGACAGCUGGCGUACGUUUGAGUACCUGGACGAGGAUGUUCCUGACGACAACGAGAAUCGUGACCAGAAGCGUCACGUCGAACGCAAGAACGCCAACUCGCGCAAGAAGAAGAAGGCUGAGGACAACACCCGCCUCCGUAAGCUGCUCGACGACGCUUCCGCCGGAGACGAGCGCAUCAAGCGCUUCCGCCAGGAGGCCAGCGCCGCCAAGAACAAGAAGCGCUUCGAGCGCGAGGCCGCCGAGAAGAAAGCUGCCGAGGACGCCAAGGCCAAAAAGGAGGCCGAGGAGAAGGCUAAGCAGGAAGCUGAGGAGAAGGCUAAGCAGGACCGCGAUGCCAGCAAGAAGAACAAGGAAGCUGCCAAGAAUGCUGCUAAGAAGAACAAGCGUGUCCUGAAGGGUUCCGUUAAGGACGCAAACUACUUUACCGACGCCGAGCCUACGGCCGCUCAAAUUGACUCUGUCCUCGGCGACGUCGAGCUCAUCCAGGGCAAGCUUGACGUUGACGAGAUUGCCGACCUGGCCAGCAAGCUCAACGGGCUCAAGGUCGCUAGCGAGAUUAAGGGUGUCUGGAGCGCCGAGGUCAAGCGCCUUGUCGACACUGGCAAGCUCAAGGAUGGCGAAGCCAAGUCCCUGGCAUAG